AGUCUACUCUGAACUUCGCCUCAUCUACUAGUUUGACAGUUCCCAUCCCUAACCAAAUAUUUAACAAUCUAAACAUCCUAAACAAUGGCCGCGUAGUGAAUGAGUCUACUAUCGAUUUGAACUAAACGUCAGUGUUUUUGUGUGUUUUAUAAUGUAAAUUUUCGUUUUUCUAUAAAAAAAUGUGGAUCCCAACAAAAACCAAGAAAUACGGAGUUGCUAUAUAUAAUUGGAAAGGGGACACAAAAUUCGGUCUUUCUCUGGAAAUCGGCGAUACCGUGCAAAUUUUAGAAGAAUGUCAAGGCUGGUACCGAGGAUUUUCUUCCAAAAAUCGAGCGCACAAAGGAAUCUUUCCACAAUCUUACAUAUAUCUCAAACCAUGUAAGGUGGAUAACGAAGGACUUUUCGAAAGUAUUGUUCCAUUAGAGGAUCCUAUCGUCAGAGAAGUUACGCUUGUCCUACGAGAAUGGGGAAGAAUCUGGAAAGGAAUAUUUGUGGACAGAAAUCAUUACAAAUUCGAAACUGUUGGAAAGGUCAUGCGGGAUCUUCUGGAAUGGAGAAGGCAACUCGUCCUGGGUACUUUGACUCACGAUCAAACCACAGAUCUGAAACUCAAAAUUAUCCAAAAAAUAGAUUGGGGAAAUCGAAAAUUGGGCCUAGACUUGGUACCCAGACAAGGAGCAAAUAUGGUGGAACCCGACUCUAUGUCUGUUGUAGAACUGUACCAUGUACACGUUGCUAGUGCGGAGAACAUUCAAGGUGUCUCUGCCCGAGGGACAAUCAAAAGAAAAGAACAGAAGAAAACUCUGACGCACCAUUUGUAUUUUUGCAUGAGAGACUUUGGUCACCACAUUGGUGAAGAUACAGAAAUAUAUUUUUCGUUGUACGAUGCUUCUAAACAAAAGUAUAUUACAGAACGGUUCCUAGUCAAAAUUUCCAAAGAUGGUUUUUCAAACUAUGUUGAAAAACUGCACAGCAAUUGCACUAUUUUUGCGGAUUUGGGCAGUGCAGAAUUAAACAAAGAUAUUUAUAUAGUUGCUCAUAUAAUGAGGAUAGGAAGAAUGUUAUAUUCUGAUAGUUCGAAAAAGACUGAUAAACUGGCAGCUCAACAGCAGAUAUUUAAAAGGCCGCAUGGGGUAGCUGUGCAAAACUUAGGAGAUUCUUUAACUAGUAAAGAAAGUGAUACUGAAGAAAAGGAAUUUAAUAUGAAGGUUUACCAAGCCGAAGAAAAAGACUUUCAUCAAUUACAUGAAUUUAUAAUUAAGCAAUCGGGCAAAUUUAGCGCCCUUUCUGGUCACAUAAACUACGGAAUUAUGAUCAGCGUUAAAAUGUUGCACGGGGAAUUACGAUCGAUAACCGAAGAAAAUGCCUUGUUAUUCAAAAAUGUAUGUUUAACAAGUAAACUAGGCUUUCCCGACGUGAUAAUGCCAGGAGAUGUUAGAAACGAUUUGUAUUUGUAUAUCGAUCGAGGAGAAUUUGAAAGAGGUGGAAAGUCUACUGGUAAAAACAUCGAAGUGUCCGUCGUUGUAUUGGAUAGUGAGAAAAAAAUUAUUAAGAACUGCUUGUGGGGAGCAUCUGGAAUGGAACCUACCUCAGAAUAUAAUUCCAUGAUUAUUUAUCACCACAAUUCGCCUGUUUGGGCAGAGAACGUCAGAUUAACUCUUCCUAUUGAUAAAUUUGCUGGAGCUCACGUACGAUUGGAAUAUAGACAUUGUUCAACGAGAGAAAAGAACGACAAAAAGCUGUUUGGUUUUUCUUUCCUACGUCUCAUGGACAAAGAAGGAGCAGCUGUUCAAGAUGGACAACAUGAUUUGUACAUUUACAAAUGUGAGGAUCCUCCAAAAUUAGAAAAUUGUGGUUAUCUUUCGUUACCUGCAUUUGCUAAAGAUUUCGAAGGUAAUCACGAUGCUAGCGGCCAAUUCUCGAGGAGUCACAAAGAAAUAGUUACUAUUAAAACUCUUCUUUGUUCAACAAAACUCACACAAAACGUGGAUCUACUUGCUUUAUUGAGGUGGAAAUCUCAUCCGGAAAGAAUACCGGAAUCUCUUCACAGGGUGUUGAAUUUAGGCGACGAAGAAUUUAUAAAAUUUUUGCAAGAUGUCUUAGACGCAUUGUUCGCACUGUUCUCGACAGAGGAUGGAAACUCCACUGCACAUAGCGGACCUGUCUUCCAUGUUUUGGUGUCAAUUUUUAAUCUUUUGGAUGGAUCAAAAUACCAGUACUUCAAACCAGUAUUAGAAGCUUAUAUUAAGAAUCAUUUUUCGGCAGCUCUUGUGUAUAAGGGUCUUCUCACCAGUGUACAACAUUGUGCAGAUUGGGUUUCAUCUUUUGAAAAACAAGAACCGAUUCAAAAAUGUUUCAAAAGUUUGGAGUAUAUUUUCAAGCUCAUCAUCCAAAGCAGACUUCUAUUUUCGCGAGCAACCGGAGGUCAUUUUGAAGAUAGUUUUCGAAGGGACCUUUUCAGUGUUUUUGUGUCUUUGAACAAAAUGUUAUCCAUAACUGAUAACCACAUCAUUAAUACCCAGGUUGCACUACUAAUAACAAUCAGUUCUGUAUAUGAACAGCUAAUUGACGUUCUUCCUCCUUUAGAAGUAACAAGACUUGCAGCGAACAUGCUAGAUUCUUUACCAAGAGAUUUGCCUGUUUUAUUGAUUCAAGCUAAAUUAUCAUGUAUUAAAAACAUCGUCACUGGUAAACUCUUUCAGGAUGAUGAAUCUCGUAACAUUCUUCUUGCGACAACGUGCAAGCACUUAAGGUACCACUUGAUAAGAAGGGAGGAACUAAAACUUUGUACAGAUAUCCUCGGAGAAAUCUUAGGUUACUUGUUUAAGCAACGGAAGUCUGGAGAUGAACACGGAAAAGUCAAUAACUGUAUACACCAUGAUGUGGAUACUCUAUGUGUAGCUAUCCUAGAAGUCCUCAUUCAGACUAUUCUAACUAGUAUUGACAAGGAUGUUAAAGUUUUUGGAUGUUUAGUGGCAUGUUUGAUCGGAAUACUCCAACUCAUUGACGAGUUUCAUUAUAAAAGACUAUGGGAAGUUGUAAUGGGACCUCAUCAAGAUAGAAAACCACUCAAAGAUUUUCUUCUUAGAGCCUUUUUAGUAUUUAGAAAUCUCGUAAGAAUGGAGGUGUUUCCUCCCGAUUGGCUAGUCAUAAAAAUGUUGACCAAUAAUGUGAUUUUGAAGGCACUCCAAGAGUUUGCUCAACCGUUAGCUUUUAAGUUUUUAGAUAAUCGUGCUGGAUACUUCGAUAAAGAACUGUGGACCAACUAUUUUAAUUUAAGUGUUGACUACCUGACUCAAGACUCGUUACAAUUAGAACAGUUUUCAGAAGUAAAAAGGGAAAAAAUAAUAGAAAAGUAUGGAGAUAUGAGAGUUCUUAUGGGAUUUCAGAUUUUAUCUAUGUGGUCUCAGUUAGGCGAAUUUAAACUUCAUUUUAUUCCGUCGAUGGUGGGUCCUUUCUUAGAAGUUACAUUAGUACCUGAAAUAGAACUGAGGAAGGCAACUUUGCAUAUAUUUUUCGAUAUGAUGGAAUGUGAACAAAAAGCUAGGGGUAAUUUCAAACAAGUGGAAUGUGAAUUAAUUGACAAACUAGACAUAUUGAUCUCAGAAAACAAAGGUGACGAUGAAUAUAGGCGAUUGUUUAAUACAAUGGAACAUUUGAGCGCAGUUUUGCUAGAUCGGGUGCAGUCCGAGGAACCAGUUUGGAAAGAAAGCGGUGUUGCUUUUAUAAGUUCCAUAACACGACUUCUGGAGCGCCUACUAGAUUACAGAAAUGUUAUUCAAGGAAACAAGAACCGUGACAAGAGAAUGUCCUGUACAUUUAAUCUCCUGAACUUUUACAAAAAUGAAAUUAAUCGCAAAGAAAUGUACCUUCGAUACAUUAGGAAAUUACACGACUUACAUUUAUCUGCUGAGAAUUACACAGAAGCUGCCUUUACUUUAAAACUUCACGCUGACCAGUUGAAUUGGAAUAAUAAUCAGAUAUCUGAUAAUAACUAUCCCGGACACUCAGAGUGUCAAGUUAAGGAAUUACUUUACAGACAAAUUAUUAAUUAUUUUGACAAAGGAAAGUGCUGGGAAAAAGGAAUACCUCUACUAAAGGAAUUAGCAAAUUUGUAUGAAACUAUUUUCUUCGACUACAAAUUAUUAAGUGAUAUUUUAAGAUACCAGGCUAAGUUUUAUGAUAAUAUUUUAACACAACUCCGUCCUGAACCGGAAUAUUUCCGAGUGGGAUUUUACGGUUUAAGUUUUCCAUUAUUUGUAAGAAAUAAACAAUUUGUAUAUAGAGGACUGGAAUACGAACGAAUUGGUGCCUUCACUCAAAGAUUACAAACGGAAUUUCCAUCCGCACAGAUUUUGAUGAAAAACACUCCUCCAGAUGACGCUAUUAUUAACUCAGAUGCACAAUAUAUUCAAAUAUGUAACGUAAAACCUAUCACAGAACCAAAUGCUAUAACAUUGGCGUCCGAUAUUCCAGAAAAAAUUGCCAGAUAUUAUCACUACAACGACGUUCGACGAUUUCAAUGUGACCGUCCAGUACAUAAAGGAAUCAUCGAUAAAGAUAAUGAGAUUAAGACUCUGUGGAUAGAAAGAACUAUUCUCGAAAUAAGUAACCCCCUUCCAGGCAUCUUAAGAUGGUUCGAAGUGGUCAACCGGCAAAGUGAUGAGAUUCCUCCAGUGCAAUAUGCAUGUGAAACUAUGCGAAACGUAGAAAAUGAAUUGAGACAACUGAUAACAAUUCAUUCUAUGGAUCCCAAACGAAAUCUGAAUCCGUUCACUAUGAGAUUACAGGGCAUAAUCGAUGCGAAUGUACAGGGAGGAAUAAGUAAAUAUCAACAGGCUUUUUUCACCAAAGAAUUUGUGAAGCUGUAUCCGGAACAUAAAGUUUAUGCUGAAAAUUUAAGAGAAUUAAUUAUAAAUGCCACAAGGGUAAUUGAAGAAGGAUUAAUUCUACAUGGAAAAUUGGCGCCGCAAAGUGUCCAGCCACUUCAUCAGAGAUUAUUAGAAAGAUUUAUACAGUUGAAAGAAAGCCUUGGUGCCUUUAAUCAACAAUCCACUAAUAGUAUCGUAAAUACUCCUCUUCCACCUGUACCCACAGAUAAAAGAUUAUUAAUGGAAAAUGGUAGCAAUAGAUCUUCCGGUUCUAGUGGAAAUUAUGGACAUUUAGUAGAACAUCAUACAGCAGAAUACGACAAUAUAUAUACAAAGCCGGCGGAUAACGAAAGACAUACUAUGAAUAGGGAGAAUCUAUCAUUACCCAUGCCGAUUACACCUAUUGCACCUCCUAUACCACAAAGAGAAUGCAGACCUCGGUCUCAAGGAUUCAGUAACACUAGUUUUGCAGAAUUACGAACUCCCACUAGAGGACCGCUGGAAUACAAUAGUGCUAGUUUACCGUCAAUGAAGUCAAGGGAUUCUGAAUCAGGAGAUCUACCUCUUCCACCUAAACCAACACAUUCAAGAGAAAGAUCCUUAACAAAACCACCUUCUCCUCGGCUUUUGAGACAUGCUAUGUCAAUGACUCCUACAGAUAGUCCUCAUUUACGGAACUCUUGGCCAGAAAGUGGCACUUUAGAAGAAGCACCUCCACUUCCACCGAGAUCACAUACACCAGAUAAACGAGUUCAAAGUUUACCAAACGAAAAUCCUCCUAACAUUCCUAAGCGUGGCCAGAAGAAGUCUACUCAGUCAAUGUGUAGUGUCGAAUACUUUCCUCUAGAAGAUUCCACACAGGAAACAAACCUGGUUACAUCCACUAACAGUCUCAGUACUCACGUGGACAGUCACGACUUACGCGAUUCUGGAAUCAGCAUGACAGAACCUCAGAUGAACAAUUUCAAUAACGCGAGUUACGAAGAUUACGAUUUCCGAACCAACCAGUCAGAAAUGAAUAUCAACAGCAGUUCCAGUCCAAAAGCCGAGAAUGAAAAUCCGCCUCCUAUACCUCCUAAGUCAUCUCUAUCCUCUCUUAACUCGAGCUUUGACUUAGGAGGUAGUCUUGAACGGCCAAAACGACGUGAAGAGGUGGAUGUGCUCAGUCCAGUCGAAAGUUAUUCCUAUCCUGUCAUACACAAAGAGAACGGGACUACCGCAAGUUGUACUGAAAAAAAUGCCGAGUCCUAAGGUAUAUAAGUCUAUAUUAUGUGUACUUUUAAGUUAAUUUUUGUGGUAAUUGCUAAGUCACUGUGAUUUUGUUUUUGUAUCAAUUUUGGUUUAGCUUUAUAGGACGUCUGGAAUUAUUGCUCGUUGUGGCAGAAUUUGAUGUUAUUUUACGUUUUUUAAAUUUUUAUGUAUUUUAUACUAAACUAUUUUAUUUUUCGUGUAUUUAAGCGGACAUAUUACGAUUAUAUCUUAUAUUAUAUAUUAGAUUUAGAAAAUGCGUUUUAAAAUUAGAAACAUAAUUGGUUUUUUUAAAUUUAUUAAUUUUUGUUAAUAUAAAGUAUUAUUUAAAGCUAUUUUAAUCAUAUUAAUUAUAUUUAUUAUCUUAUCCUGUAAUUAAUAAUAUUUUGUAGUACGUUACCUCUGCAAAAAACAUAUAUAACGAAAAAUAUCACCUGGAACUUAUAACUUUUUAUAUAAUACAUUGUUCUUCUAGUCUAAUAUUUUUUAUACCUAAUCUUAUUCUAUUUAGCGUUUUUAUUCUUUUUAAAGAACAAAUAAAAAUUACAGGUUAUUGUACUUUUUAAUAAGAGAAUAUAUUUAUACACUUGAAUUUUCCUUUCAAUUUUUUUUUGUCAAUGUGAAUGAAUGUGUGAUAACUGUCACAAGAAUAUCUAUACAAUAUUAAAACACCACGAUACGCCAUAUAUCCGAAAUUAUUAACUUCAACAGAAUGAAAGAUUUUUUUUUAUUAAGUGCAAUCAUUUAGCAAUCAAAACAUAAAUAAGUUUCUAUAAGCUAAUUUGCUGGCUGCGAAGCAAAGGGCUCCUAUUGGCUUGGUGUGGUCUUCUCCAGUGACAAGACCACUUUAACAGUUUCUCAGGUCAGCUUGCCAAUUCCUUUUGAGUCUCCUAUUGGCAGGAUGUUCUAUUAGAGGUUGGGGGUUACUGGGAGAAUGCAAGAUAUGAUACCUAUAGAAUAUUGAUCUAAUUCCGGUUUCCACAUUGUUAAUGUGAACUUAACUAUAUCCGAAAGCAGAUCAUAUCGUUCUUAUCAGUAUACAAACAUCUCUCUCUUUUUCUCUCUCUAGUUCCAUUCCUCCUUGUGAAAUAUUGGGCUCGUAUGCGUUUCUUUCGGGUCAGCCCAUCUUCUUUUAUGUUUAUUUUCUGGAUAAACUGUGUACUACUUAGUUCCAUUAUCUUCUAUUUUUUGACUGCACCCCUUCUUAGUACAAUUUUUUCGUGUUCUCUCGCUCGUAGUUCUUUUCCAGCUGUUGUCUGGUCUUCCUCUCUUUCUUUUCCCUUCUGGUUGGUAUUCAAGUGCGCUUGUCUUGCUAUGUUGCUUUGAUCUUUCCUCAAAAUGUGGCAAAUCCAUUUCACUUUUUUUCCUUGACUGUAGUAGAUAUAUAAGUUUUUGCAUGGGUUUGCGAUCAAAAAGUUCUCAAAGAAAGAUCUUCGCCAUAUUUCAAUAUGAAAGAAGAACGAAAUAAUUAAAAGUUGUUUUAAAAUUAUGAUGCUGUUGUCUGGUCUUCCUCUCUUUCUUUUACCCUCUGAUUGGUAUUCAAGUGCGCUUGUCUUGCAUAUUGCUUUAAUCUUUUCUCAAAGUGUGGCCAAUCCAUUUCCAUUUUUUUCCUUGGCUGUAGUAGAUAUAUUAAUAAUGGCAGGAAACAGAUCUUUCUUUCCAAUGCAACAUCUAAUGAAGUCAAAACUUCUUUCACGAAGUGCAAAAAUCCAGAUAUAUAAGACCAUAAUACGACCAGCAGUCGCGUAUGGAAGCGAAACAUGGACACUAAGAAAAAGAGAAGUAAAUAAAUUGCUGGUGUGGGAACGUAAAAUCCUUCGAAUGAUAUAUGACCCUUGCAGAGAGAGUGACAAACGAAUGGAAGCGCAGAUACAAUAACGAGCUCGAGUCUCUAUUCGGAAAAGAAAAUCUAGUCAGAUAUAUAAAGGCCAAUAGACUCAGAUGGGCAGGGCAUGUGAUACGCAGUAACGGCAAUCGCCUUAUAAACAAUGUGUUCUGGGAAAGGCCAGAUGGAAGAAGGUCUGUAGGGCGGCCUAGAAAAAGGUGGAAAGAUGCAGUCAAAGAAGAUCUAGAGAAAAUGAGAGUGCGACAAUGGGAAUUAGUGGCACAGGACCGACAAACAUGGAAGGCAAUAGUAAACGCGGCAAAGACUCACGAAGAGUUGUAGCGCCAUUGAUGAUGAUGAGUAGAUAUAUUAGUUUUUGCAUGAUUUUUCGAUUAAAAAGUUCUCAAAAAAAAAAAGAUAUUUCCCAUACUUCAAUAUGAAAGACGAACAACGAAAUAAUUAAAAGUUGUUUUAAAAUGAUGAUGCUAUUGUCUUCCUCUCUUUCUUUUCCCCUCUGGUUGGUAUUCAAGUAGCUUGUCUUGCUAUGUUGCUUUGAUCUUUCCUCAAAGUGUGGCCAAUCCAUUUCCACUUUUUUUUUCUUUGACUGUAGUAGUUUUAUAUAUUAUAUAUAUUUUGUCUAAUUUACUUACCGUUGCACGUCAUCCGCGUAACAGCCUGUGACGUCACAUGAUACCAACACGAAAUAUUUAGACGAUAGGUGUGUUCUUUUUUAGAAUCAUUUUGUCUAGUACGCUGGAAUUACAGCCACUAGACAUAUUUUAUUAUAUACGCGUAGAAAUAAUAUCUGAAGAUUUCUAUUAAUGUUAACCUAAAGAAAUACACAAUAAUAUGUUUCAUUUAAUUUUUAUAAACGGAUUAUAAAGCGUUUUUAUGAAACACAUUUGCUCGGAACACACUGUAACUAUAAUCGAACGAAGGUGACAUUUUAGAAUAAAUUGGUAACAUUUAUUUGACAGUUGCGGUGAUGACACUUCAUAUUUGUUUAUAUUCUUUACUGUAAGUAUUUGUUUUAUUAUAUUUACUGUUUUUAUUAUUUACUUUAACGUAAGAUUAUAACUUAAUUCUUGUUUUCUCUUUCUAAAGUUUUUAUUUAUUUACAUUGAAUAUUAAUUUGUUUUGUUGUAUAAUCCAUGUUUACAAUAAUAAUGUGAUCUAUUUGAUUUAAAAUGGAUUCACGAUUUUUUUUUACUUUGACAACUAUGUCAACUUAGAUCUCUGGCGUAGAUAAUGACGUGCAACGGUAAGUAAAUUAGACGGACUGUAUUAGUUUUUGCAUUGUUUUUGCGAUUAAAAAGUUCUCAAAGAAAGGUCUUUGCCAUACUUCAAUAUGAAAGAAGAAGAACGAAAUAAUUAAAAUAUGUUUUAAAAUUAGGAUUAACUCCCUGUAAACAUUUAAUUGUUUUAAGAACUGUAUGUAAGAACUGUAUGAAAAUAUGCAACUAAAUAAGCAAUAAUUCUCAGUAUGUGCGUCCUAGAAAGUAAAAAUCGAGACUCGAUUGUAGUUUAUAAAUUUUUACCAAUAUAUUUAUCCAUUCCCCUAUUAAAAUAUUCCUAUAUUGUAUUUUGUAUUGUCGUGAAUCUUAUCAAAACAUAUUUUGUAUUUCUAUUUUCAUAUUGUAGGUCAACCAUUUUUAGAUUAUAUAUUAUAGAAAGUGUAUUAUAAACAAUGGUAGUAAUAGUCGUACAUGACUUAAUCGUGCCAAUUUUUAUAAUAGUCCAUUUCCAAACGGUCCUAUUUUUCUGAAAUAAUGGUUGUUUUAAAAUUUAUAAGUUUCUAAAACAUACUAAGCCUCAAAUUGUUAGAAGUUAUUUACAGUGUUUUUUUGAGUUAUUAUUUCAUCAUAUCUUCAAAAUAACAAAUUAUCAAUCAUGUCGAGAAUUUAAUUGUUAAAAUGAAUAUCUAGACAGUUCUACCAUUCGGAGUGGAACUGUAAAAAAAAUAAAAAUAAGGCACAUAAUUAGUGAUUCAAUUAUUACUAAAUUGUAAGUAUAUCUAUCGUUUUAAGGUGCCGUGCAUUUCUUCAUAGGCGUUCACUGUACAUUGUCUUGACAGGUGAGAUGUUAAAUAGUCAACAUUAAAUUAUUCUAUUUUUAGAAGCAUUGCGAAUGCAGUUCGUUCAUUCGUCAAUGAACAUAAAGCCACAGGCUUCAUUGGCGAAGGUUACGCAGCCAUGACAUCUUUUUACGUCCUAGACGUCUCUUACCGACGGUCUCUCUUAGAUGGAUACCGCCAGAAAAACGGAAAAGAGGAAGGCCACCGACCUCCUGGAAACAAGGAAUUACAAAAGCCAUGUCAGAAAGAAAUCUUCAAGAAAGAGACAGGCUAGAUCGACAGGCUUGGCGAUUGGGUAAUACGUCUCUUACCCUCUAUAUUUCCUUCCAAUACUAAUUGUUGAAAAGUUUAUCGUUCGCUUCGUAAUAUGUGUCCUAAGUAUGCAGUCUUUUUACUUUUUAUACAUUCAAAUAUCCCUAUACUGGAAGCUCGUUCUUCUUAAUACUUCCUCAUUUCUGACUCUGUCCUUUCAUGAUAUUUUAAGCAUUAGUAACACUUUAGAAGCUAGUAUCUUAGGUUGAAACCCAUCUUGUGAUCAGUCAGAAAUUUAUAUAGUUUCAAAAAAGCAUUUCUGGCUUGUUCUACUGUGCUCUUUAUUUCAGUUUCAGGGUCCCAACUCUCGUUUAGCAGACAACACAAAUAUUUAAACUGUCUGACUUGUUCGAUUUCUUCUCCAGCUACAUAUAUCUUUGCGUUAAAGUAAUUAUUUCUAUAACUAUAAUCAUUGUUUUUGUCUUCUUGAUAUUUAUUUUCAAACCCAAAGCUUCACUUACAACUGUUAGAUUAUUUAAAAAGCAUUGAAAAUCUUCGAUGUUAUCUGCCACUAUUGUUAUGUCAUCGGCAUACCUAAUGUUGGUAAUAAACAUGUCGUUUCCUUUAAUACUCUUAUUAGAGUCUGCCACGGCUUCUGCGAAGGCGUGUUAUAUUUUCUUUACGAAUUAUGCUUUGUGUAUUUCGGUACUGGUCUUGCCUUAUCUUAUACUGCCUGCGUUGUUUCAUCAUCUAUAAUAUUUUUUCUGUCAUCCACUUAUUCUUGUAGUUGUUUUAUUUUGGAGAAAAAAAAGUGUUGUUCAGAUCAUCAAACGAUUCUUUUAUAGUGGUCCAUGACUUUUCAACAUCUCUCACAGUUGGCAUAGUAGAGAACCUAUUGUUUAUUUCUUCUGUAUAUUAUGUUUCUCUGACCUUUUUUCAUGUAUAAUGAUACCUUCUGGUAUAUACUAUAUGGUGUAACUAUACUGUUUUUCUUUCUUACUGAGUCGUCUAUUUGUCCUGACGGCUGUGUAUUCUAUUCGUUCGAAAGUUUUUUUUUCACGGCUAUACCAAGAUAGUUGACGUAAAGAAAGCUCUCAGUUGACUGGUCGUUUGUGUUUUAAACGUUUGUAUGUUAAAUAACGAUGAGAUCAGAACGCUUUCCUGAGGCAGGCUAUUUUCCUGAGUCUUCUUUCCUUUUAGCACAAUGUAGAAGGGUCUAGAAUAUAGCAGUGUUACAAUGACUGGUAGGUUAUAAUUAAACAAAGUGAUAUAUACCUGGUGAGCAGGAUCGUGUGAUUUUAUUGUAUUGUAUGCAGCCGUGACAUAUGCCAAAGCUAUUUCCACCAUCUCUCUCUGCUCACAUCUCUCUCUUUUUUAAGUAGAUACAUAAUUUCGGCAAAAUGUGCAUUAGAACGAUUCUUACGAGCUUACAUCUUGAAGGUUUCAUUUUUUUACCAAUUUUUUAAGUUCAAGUUUUCAGGAGUAGGAAAUACUAAUUAAUACCUUAAAGUGUUUUAGUUUGCUAGUCUACAGAAUGAGCGAAUCUUUGUUUCUUAAAGUGUUUGUUCAAUUGGACUUUAGAGAGUAUGGUGUCAUUUGUGGACCUCGCGUUUUUCCUUAAACAGUCGUUCCUGUAGACCAAUCAUUUAUGGGCAUUAGUAUUUAUUUGAGUUAGAUAUUCGUGACAGAUGCUUAAACGUAAGCAUCGGUAAACGUAUAAGUAAACGGGGGUAAGACACUUCGUUAUUUUACCUCGAAAACUUUUGAAUAGGCAAAACAGUUUUUUCUUUUGUCGAAGAACUUUGAAUUAUGCUGCUAUAUUUAUAAUUUUUUUGUAUAAUGUAAUAUAGGUAAUUUUUUUUCAUCGACAAAAUAUAGUAUGUUAAUGAACUUUAAAACAUCAGUCAUGUUUUUAAGGCCACAUUUACAAUAAAUUUAACCAUUAUUCAGAAAAAUAUUACCGUAGAGAGGUUUUCCAAUACUUAGUCUACAAUUUGAAGUAAUAAAUUGUUUCUUUAGAUAGAUAAUAGAUAAGUCCUUAGCUACGAGUGUAGGUCAUCUUGCUGGACCAAAGAAGUGAAAUUAUCAAAACGUUUCUAAUGGUAAGAGUAAAGAUGUAUAUUUUAAGAUAAUUUUGCCAUACUAUUUUUUAAUAAAUAUACCUUGUCUUUUUCUUAUAGUGAAAAAAUGAGUAUAUCUUUGGAAAUCUUUAAUAAUAACAUAUUAAUUUCAAAGUUUAAGUAUGUAUUUGCGUAAGCAUUGCCUGUAUAGUUUAUAUGUAACUUCAUUUUAACGGCAUGGGCGCAAAUAUUUUACCGCUAUCCCUACUUUUUCUGUCUUUACACGGCAAAUUACGUGUAGUAAAAUUCUCACGAUAAUUCCAAAUUGCAUCAUUAAUUCAGUUAAUUAAUAUGAUAAUUUUUUUCACUAUGUAUUCAAUGAUUGUAAAAAUUUAUAUACUGUACAACAAAAACUAAUACUCAAUUGAGAAAAGAGGAAAAGCGAUAAAGUGGUUUUUAAUAAUAUAUUGUUACUAUGGAACGCUUACAAUUUUGAACAUCUUUAACAACAAAAUACUUGGAUCACAGAAUAUAUCCUGCUGUAUUCUCUGCUUGGAUCAUCCAUAAAUAGACAAUAAAUAACUUUUUAUUAAAUUCACGUCUUAAAUCAAUUAUUUAUCAAAUACACUAUCAAUAUUAUUUAAUCAACAACUUAAAAUAUUCCCGAUGCGAUGUCAAAUAUUUAAAAUUGUCACCAUAUUCUAUUCGACUCGGUGCUUUGUAUGACAAAGAUAGCGAAUGUUCGAUUUGGAAAAUAUCACCACGGACAUGGUGUCCAUUUUUUUCGAAUCCUGACAAAACUGAUACAUAUUUUUAAAAAAUUUAAACGCAGAAUGAAAGACUAAAUUAUUAUCGAGGGUCGAAAGUCCCUUAGAAUAAGUAAAAAGGUUCGUUUGAAUGAGAUAUUUGAAAUUAAAAAUAACACUACAUUUUCUCUUAGUUUUUCACUCCUGUAACUUAUUAAAAUAAACAUUACAGAAGUUUUCAGGGACUUUCGGCCCUCGGUAAGAACGUAAUAUUUUAUUCUGCAUUUAAAUUUUUCAAAAACACUUAUUAAUUUUCUCAGAAUUCGAAAAAAAUGAAUCCCAUUUAAAUAUCUUGGAGCCGAAACUACGUACCCAUCCCCUUAACGCUAUCCGGUACGAAUCACAGACCCAUUUUGGAUUUUAUACCACUGCGAUUGACAUAUUUCUCUGAUUAGCACGUAGAUUGAAUCAUGAACUACUAACUUCCGAGUUGAUUCAGUUAACCCUCUGAGCCAUUGAGACGACUAUCGAUGUAUUUUAUUUAUUAUUAAUGCCGGAUUUAAACUCAGCCUUUGCCAUUACAUACUCAAUAUCGACGCGAGUGAAGUGUUCACAUCAGUCCUCACAACUCAUUUACUGAACUACUCCCAAGGAUGGAAUGUGAUGAUAGCAUCGUCCUGCUCACUUACUCACUUGUCGCUUUGCCGGCGGCAAGUGAGCGAGAGUGGCUGAAUGUGAACACGCACUCGCGCUGCCUGUCCUUUGACUUUCGUGCCAAAAACCCGACAAUUGAGGGAGCGCCGUGCAAUGGCAGCUGCAUGAGUAGUGGCAGUGCGAGUGAUCUAUUUACACACUCAUCCUGCCCACUUUCCUGCUCAAUUCUCUGUCCAAGUGGACUGAGUGUAAAUCCGGCAUAAGACUGAGCUGCUACUUAAUGUUUAAAAACCUAUUUAAAAAGGAUCUGAAUAAUUUAUUCUUAAUCAGAUAUUUAAAUUUCGAUGUCGUAGAUUAAAAUGUCGCAACAUUUAAUUUUAGUUUGUCAUAUUUUCAUAUAGCAGAAAUGUAUCUCGUCUACUAAUAAUUGGAGAAUAACAAGCAAGUUAUAAGUACAGUGAAACUCCUUCCAGUGGAAAAAUAAAUUUUCCGCAAUAAACAGGAUUUUAUAUUAAACAGGUUCCAGGUUACUCAAGUUUCACUGCAUUAGACAAAUAUAGCUCAGAUUAUAUCUAACAGAGGACCCUGUAAGCUAUUUUCAGAUAGUCAUAAAAUAUGUGUUAAAUAUUUCAUUUUCCACUUAAUAUAAAUAGGAAGUCCUUUAAAGACUUACAGCAAUAUUUGUAUUACAAUUUUAAGCAAUUUUUUGUGAGUCAUUUUUUCACUAUUCGAAAAGGACGCUUUAUGACAACAAACUAACCGCCAAUUUUUAUUGAAUAAAUAGACCAAUCGACAUCGAAUCUUUUUUGUAUGUGUAAAACUGGUGCUAUUUUUUUUAACUUACAGAAACUACUAUUGUUUCAUAUACCAACUUAUAUGUAUGUAUUGUAUAUAUUCAAACGAUGGUUUGUCUGAAGUAGUCUAGUCUAUUUAAUACAUAAACUUUGUCAUAGUUCACUGCUUUCAUAAAAACGGAUAUUAUGUUGAGCUACCUUGUGUCGAAAUGGCAUUAUAUCUGUUACUAAGACAAUUUCGGUGUGUAGUCCUUUCAGAGCAUACCUUUACCUAUUAUCACCAUGAUAUUCUCUCUAAAUUUGUACAAAUAUAUUUUUGUUAAAUGCCUGUUUUAAUUUUGUUUCAUUAUGUUUUUAGAAUUUUUAAUGUGUUUGAUAGUUUUAUAGUGCGCCCUGAUAUAUCAGAACAGAUAUAAUUUCAUUAUCAUUAUUAACUACAUAUUUUUAAUAUAAUGUGUGCAAACCACUGUUUAUUAUAAAGUAAAUUGUUCAAACUGUUAUUAACCUUUUUGUAUCUUUUUAUUUUAUUACAGAGCAUUUAUCAACUUUUUUGAUAGAUAGGACAACUUUUUUCUUUCCAAUCCCCCAAUAUUCAUGAUUUAAUAAUACUUUUUCUGAAAACAGUACGUACUUUUUCUUGAAACGGUAUGGUUUUGUAAUAGAAAAAAAACACAUUUUCGUUCACUUUUUAAUAUUUGUUAAUAUCAGAAUCGUAAUAAUAAAUAGCUUUACAAACUAUGUUAUCGGCUAUAUAGCAUAUUACUAUAUGCGAUAUUUUUAAUGCCUAAAUUGUCCAGUCGGACUAAAUCCGCUUUUAUUAGAACAGUGAACUCAAAUGUUAAAAAUGUAGCAAGUUUCUAGUAAUAAAAGUUUUUAAUAUAA